AUGCUGGAGGAACUCACUAAGGCGUCUUCGGGUGUUGGUUUUGGCGGCAUCUCGGUUGACCCUGUCAUCACAGCUAGUGGCGUUGGUGAGGUUGAGUAUGGUCAUGAAACGGUGGAGGUGGUGAGGCGGUUCGCCAACAGAAUGUUGAUGUCUGACCACUCGCUCGCUGAAAGCGGCAUUGAUAAAUGUACUUGCAUAUGUUGGUCGGGGAAUGGUUUGGUCCUUGCGGGAGGGCUGGGAUUUCGUGAGCAGCGUGGUGGAUGGGGUGCUGGAAAGGAUACAGUAAUGGAAGAAGGCGGAGCGAAGCAGAAUGCCACCUCAGUGUCCAUUCACCCACACCGGCCCUCGGUGCUGGCGGCGGGUACUAGCUAUGGUCAGGUCUACGUAUGGGAUUUGGAAAGGUCUGGUGAGAGUAUGCAGGAGCAAGGAAAGGUGUUGGGAGAUAAGACGGAGUUGAUAUCGGAUGCCUUGGUGUCUAUAGCCUCCAGUGGUUGCCUCGAUCCCUUGAUGGCCACAUGUAGCCUCGCUAUGGUUCGGCUAUGGGCGGCAGCCACCCCUAGUAGGGUAUCGGACUUGGACAUGCUCCUCUGUGCAUCGAGUACUGACGGUAAAUGCCUCGUGUGGGACCCAUGGGCACGAGGCGGGGGGCAUGGCCAUCCGGUCCCUGUGACGGGGUUCGUCAUACCUCGGAAGAAGGCUAAUCGGUGGAUGGACCGUGACAGCAUGCUGGAAGGUUGCCGAAGUAUGGCGGCUCCUAUCGCUGAUGAUGCUGCUCUUACGCAUUGUAUUGUUGGUGGAGAGGCUGGUAGUGUGGCCAGGAUUCCUCUGAGGCUGAAUGACUUAUUCACGAGAGAGCAAAUGCAUGUUAGCUCACAAUAUACGUGGAAGAGUGACGCCAUGGGUGUAUUGAGGGGAGUGCCGGAGGAAGGCCGACAGAAGUUGGUCAUGCAUGUCGAGGCUUACUGUGCCCUGCAGGGCAUUACCCAGAUCACAUCAGAGAUCAUUUACGGGUCGGUGGCUGGCCACACCCUCUCCACGCCGGUCACAACAGUAGCCUUCUCCCCUUUUGUAUCGAGGGCCUAUGCUACUGGAGGGGCUGAUGGCAAGGUUAUGAUCUUCAAUGGCUUGGUCGGGACCGCAGUAUUGACAAUAUGGCCUUUCAUGGGAGCUACAGGGGAGGGUACUCCUUCCGUUACCUCGAUCAGUUGGUCCUGUAGCCGUCCGGCUGUGCUCGGGGUGGCCCUCGUUACUGAGCGAGGAGGGGCCGGCGGUGUGGUCUUUUAUGACCUCGCGAGGCCUGGUCCAUGCGUGCCGGUAGUGGCACUUGAGAUGGAGGGAGGCUGUGUGGCUUUAUCCAGCAAUCCGACCCAGAGGCAGCUGUGGACGGCUGUGAAUGGUAAGGGCGAGGCGCAAAUGCUCAGGGUUGGACACGGCCGGUUUUGGAGUAUACUCCUCCCCGGCAUCGACUUUGUGGCUUUUAACUACCAGCGUUUCCUUUGGUGUGGUGACGCUCCUACUCGUGCUAAGUCUUGGGUCAGUCUUAAGAGCAGGGAAACACCAGCGGUUGGUAUACUCGGUGGUUGA